AAAAAAAGUUAAUUAAUUGUCGUUGUCUACUUUGUUUAAACAAUCACAACUAUAAAUAUACAAUGACCAUUUUCAUUUUCAAUCUGAUAUUAUAUUUUCAGAGUGGGUCAUGGGUUUUGGAACUCGAAUUCUUCACUGAUUAUGGCACGAUUCCGAAACACAUAUAAAUAACUCACAAAAACAAAAAACACAAAUGGAGACAGACCCAAUAUGUUGAGUGCUAUUAUUUUUGUAUAUUUGACAUUAAUCAUUCUUCCCAUUUUACUCCCUCAAAACCACUGGGCGAGAUAUUAUGCCUGCUACAUAUCUUUCAUACUCUUGUGUUCAUUGUUUUCAUUUAUUACCAUAAUAGUAUGCAUAUUGAGACUGGGAAACCCACAACACAUUUGGUUGACAAAUAUUGCUGCUAGUACAAUAUCUAAGGUUCUCGGCUUGUCCUUUGAAGUAAGAGGUACUGAGAAUAUCAAUAAAUCCAAAAAAGGAAUUAUUGUUUUAAACCAUCAGUCAAUCCUGGAUGUUCUCUCAGCUGUCACCAUUUUUAAAUAUUAUGGGACAUGUGUAGGAGUUGCAAGAAAAGAGGUGUUCUAUUGUUGGCCUUUUGGUUUGGCUAUUUAUUUUAGCAGCUUCAUUUCCAUCAACCGAGAUGAUAGAAACACAGCUUUUAAAAGUCUUUCCAGUGGUGUUAAAAAACACUUUGAAAAGUACAAGAACGGGACAGUAUUUAUUUUUCCUGAAGGCACAAGAAAUAAAAAUGGUACAAAUUUAUUGCCUUUUAAAAAAGGUAGUUUCAAGCUUGCAAUUGAAAAUCAAGUCCCAAUUUAUCCAGUCACAAUUUCACCGUAUUAUUUUAUUAAAGGGAAACAGUUUAAAAAUGGCAAGAUAAUCAUUUCUCUCCUUGAGCCAAUUUCAUCUGACGAAAUGACAUUAAGUGAUAUUGAUAUGUUGACAAGCAAAACGCAAAACUGCAUGGAGGAAGAAUAUCAGAGACUUUUCAAAUAUGUGACUUUGAAUAUUAAAUGCUCAACCAAGAUGUAUAGACAUUAUGGGGACUGUGUCGGAGUGGCGAGGAAGGAGAUAAAAUAUCUUGGCCUUAUGGGACCUUCGAUGGUUAUGGGCGGUUACAUUUUUAUAAACAGGGGCAAUAAAGAAUCAGCGAUUAAAGAAAUAUCCAAAGGAAUCGCUAAUCAUUUAAGAAAUUAUAAAGAUGGCAAAGUAAUAAUUUUUCCUGAAGGGACGAGGAACAAGAUCGGAAGUGAAUUUUUACCAUUUAAAAAAGGAGCUUUUCGAGCUGCCAUCGACAAUCAAGUGCCAAUCUUUCCUUGUGUUAUAUCACCGCUUAAUUUUAUCAAAAAGGACAAAUAUUUCAACAAAGGUAAAAUAAUAGUUACUCAGUUGGAGCCUAUACCUACUGUCGGCAUGACAGCAGAAGACAUAGAUUCCUUAAUAGAAAAAACAAGAAAUGUCAUGAAAAUGCUGAUUAUUUGGAUUGUUCUUUUUAUACUAUUUCUCCUUUUUCCUAAAUACGGAAGGUUUUCAUACCUUGUACGUUGCUUUUAUUCACUUGCAAUGUGUUUUAUUAGCAGUAUGAUACUUUUCCCAUAUUUUAUCUUGACGAAGAAAAACCCCAGGAAUCUCUGGUUGUUUGGAUACUCAGCGGAUAUUAUUCUUUGGUUGAUGGAUUUAAAAUUAGAAUUAAGGGUUGUUGGGAAAUCAAAGGUAGACGGGCAUGGAAUCAUUGUUAUGAAUCAUCAAUCAUUCAUCGAUGUUGUAGGCGUGGCCAAGCUUUAUAGAUGUUAUGGCGACUGUAUCGGUGUGGCGAGGAAAGAAGUCAAAUAUCUCGCUCCUUUGGGCCCUUCACUCGCUAUGGGUGGUUACAUAUUUAUAGACAGAGAAAAUAAACAAUCAGCUAUUAAAAUUAUCUCAGAAGGAAUCGCUGAUCAUUUCAAAACAUACAAGGAUGGCAAAGUUAUGAUUUUUCCAGAAGGUACAAGGAACAAAAUAGGAAGUAAUUUUUUACCGUUUAAAAAAGGAGCUUUUCGAGUCGCAAUUGACAACCAAGUGCCAAUCUUCCCUUGUGUCAUAUCGCCAUAUAAUUUUGUCAAAAAGAACAAAUAUUUCAAUAAAGGUAAAAUUAUAAUUACACUGAUGGAACCCAUACCCACUGUCGGCAUGACAGCAGCAGAUGCAGAUGCCUUAUUAGAAAAAACAAGAAACCUCAUGUUGGAUGAAUAUAGAAAACUAGCCACCGAGCUAAAUCCAAGAAGCUUGUGAUUAAAAAAAAACACUAAUUUUG